AUGGUUUUUGAUGCUAGCGGUAAACCAGCCCCAUUGGCUAACAGUAUUAACGAAUGUAUGUUCACUGGACCGUCCUUGCAACCACUACUUUGGGACAUCUUGAUCAGAGCGCGUAUGACACCAAAUCUACUUCUGGCAGAUAUCCAGAAAGCCUUUUUGCAAAUUGGUGUUAAGGAAACGGACAGAGAUGCUUUUCGAUUCCUGUUCGAAAUCGAUGGAAAAGAGGAACAUUUCCGGUUUGCAAGAUUACCAUUCGGCGUCGAAGCCAGUCCCUUUCUGCUUGGAGCAACGUUGGGAUACCACCUUGAGCAACAGCCGACAAGAUUUGAGGAAACUGUGACAGCUCUUAAAGAGAAUACAUAUGUUGAUAACAUCAUGAAAACUGGAAGUGAUACUGACGACUUGAGGAAAUUUAAAGAAGAAAGCUCCAUCAUUCUUGAGGAUGCCAAAUUCCCAAUCCACAAGUGGGAAUCAAACAUCGCGUGCCUCGAAGACGAAAACAUACCAAACCCAAGUAAAAUACUCGGACACGACUGGGAUAAACAAGAAGAUACAUUAGAAUUCGAAGCAGCAACCAUGCCUGAGAACCAACCAAUAACAAAGAGGAGCAUUUUGAGUCGGUUAGGAAGAGUCUACGAUCCUUUGGGAAUGGUAUCGCCUACCAUGGCUGAGGGUAAGCACAUAUUUCGAGAUGCCUGUGAAGAAAAAAAAGGUUGGAGCGCUGAAGUGUCAGAAUCCUUGAAAAGAGAGUGGAUCAAGUGGAACAAUCAAAUGAAGAAUGUUAAAGUUCCUAGAGCUAUAACUAAGAAAUCGGACGUGAUUGAAGGCAUUCAACUCCAUUUGUUUGCAGAUGCUAGUGACCUUGCUUGCUGUGCAGCAACAGUCGCAGUGGUAGAGCACAAAUCAGGAACUGUGAAAGAUCUGUUAACGUCCAAAUCUUGA